CAAAAAGCCUUCCUCUACGUUACAUGUAGAAGAAGAAGAAGACAACAAAAAGAAAAAAAAAAUGCUCCGAUCACGCAGCUGUGAGAUCUCCGGGAUCGAGUCGAAUUGCUCUGCUUAUCGUACAAAUCGUCGUCUCCGUGCCAGAUUCUUCCUCGAAUCGUUGCCAUUGAUGAAUUCCGUCGUGAGUUUCAACGAUGAGUUGGUUCGUUAAGCUUCGCUGCUCCUCCAAUCUCCGUUGAUUCGCCGCCGGUCUAUUCUUCUUCAUUCUUCAUCAUUCCUUCGGUCGAUUCGCUCAGAUUCAUUCCCAGUUUCGUGUGCGGGCGUAUUUUUUGUUUUUUCUCCGCUCCUCUUCUCAGAUAGAUUCUUCGCCGGCGUGUUCUGUCGUUGAAUUGCUUGAAUGGAUACGAAGGUUCCUCUUUCUGAUGAUCUUCGUGACGGUACAAUUACCCCUCUCGUUCAGAGGCAGAACAAUAUUCAGCCUUCAGUUAUCGUGAUCGGCAGUGGGAUAUCAGGUCUUGCUGCUGCUCGGACUCUCUCGGAUGCAUCUUUUAAGGUGACUGUUCUUGAAUCACGGGAUAGGAUUGGUGGUCGCAUCCAUACGGAUUAUUCAUUUGGCUGUCCAGUCGAUUUGGGAGCUUCAUGGUUACAUGGAGUCUGUAACGAGAAUCCUCUGGCUCCAAUAAUUCGCCGUUUAGGGCUUACAUUAUAUCGCACUAGUGGUGAUGACUCUGUCUUGUAUGAUCACGAUUUAGAAAGUUAUGCGCUUUACGACACACAUGGGCAUAAAGUCUCGCCGCAAUUGGUCACAGAAGUUGGAGACUUGUUCAAGAGAAUUCUCAAAAAGACGGAAGAAAUAAGGGAUGAAAGUGCCGAUGACAUGUCAGUUCGUCAAGCAAUAACAAUCGCGUUGGAUAGACAUCCAGAGCUAAGGCAAGAAGGGAUCGCAUACGAAGUCUUGCAGUGGUACAUAUGUAGGAUGGAAGCAUGGUUUGCUGUUGAUUCAGAUUUGAUAUCAUUAAGAUGCUGGGAUCAGGACGAAUGCCUUUCAGGUGGUCAUGGCCUAAUGGUGCAGGGUUAUGAACCGGUGAUCAGAACACUAGCAAAAGACGUUGAUAUACGCCUGAACCAUAGGGUUACUAAAGUAUCAAGAACAUCUAACAAGGUGACAGUCACAGUGGAAGGUGGAACCGAAUUCGUCGUCGAUUCUGCUAUUAUCACGGUUCCUAUCGGUGUUCUCAAGGCGAAUUUGAUUCAGUUCGAACCCGAGCUCCCGCAUCGGAAAGCUUCUGCGAUAUCGGAUCUCGGUGUUGGAUGCGAAAACAAGAUCGCCUUGCGAUUCGACACUGUGUUUUGGCCCAACGUCGAGUUCUUGGGAAUGGUCGCCCCAACUUCCAAGGCGUGCGGCUACUUCCUGAACCUUCACAAGGCAACUGGCCAUCAGGUUCUCGUAUAUAUGGCUGCAGGAAGCUUGGCUAAGGAUCUGGAGAAGCUGUCAGACGAGUCUACCGCAAAUUUUGUAAUGUUACAACUCAAGAAAAUGUUCCCCAAUGCACCUGUCCCGGUGCAGUACGUAGUGACGAGGUGGGGAACAGACCCGAAUACGUUAGGUUGCUACGCAUACGACGUAGUAGGAAUGGCAGAGGAUCUGUACGAGAGGCUCGGAGAGCCAGUGGGGAACCUAUUCUUUGGGGGAGAGGCCGUCAAUUUGGAACACCAGGGAUCGGUGCACGGAGCUUUCUUGGCAGGCGUCGACGCUGCUCGAACCUGCCAAAGGUAUCUGCUCGAAAAACUCGGUUCUUGCGAAAAACGCCGACUGCUCUCUCUUAUUCCAAACGACAUCCUCGAAACCACUUCUUUCCCUCUUCAGAUCUCAAGAAUGUGAACAAGUUUCAUGUUUUGCCCCUUUUUGGUUUUUAAAAUUUAAGACGAUGCUGUUCUGCUUCGCAUUGCAAAGCAAACGAAGCAGACUCUGAGUUUAUGUAAUAAUAUGUGUACUCUUUUAGACUUUUUUUUGGUACCUAUAUUAGGCGAA